UUAUAUAUCAAAACUUGCAGAAGAUGAUCGAUCAUGUAGAAUCGAGUGAAUUCGUUUCAUCCUUCUAUAAGGUUUUAAUGUUUUCUUUUCUAAGCUAAAAGAAAAACAUGGUUUCAAUGGAUAACUUACCAGAUCAGUUAGUUUGGGAGAUUUUUAGCAGGAUUAAGAACACAGUUGACCGAAAUUCCGUAUCUUUGACUUGUAAGCGGUUCCAUAAUCUAGAUAACGAACAAAGAAAGUACCUUCGUGUCGGAUGUGGCUUGAACCCUGCAAACGAAGCUUUAACUUCUUUGUGCCAUCGGUUCCCAAACUUGAACAACGUUGAAAUCACGUACUCCGGUUGGAUGUCCAAAUUAGGGAAACAGUUAGAGGACCCGGGUCUUUGCGUACUUUCCGAAACCUGCCCUUUUUUAACGGAUCUAACCUUAAGUUAUUGCACCUUCAUCACUGAUGCCGGCCUUAGUUGCCUAGCUUCGUGCUCCAAACUUUCAUCAUUGAAACUAAACUUCACCCCGAGAAUCACCGGUUGUGGCAUAUUUUCCAUUGUUGUCGGCUGCAAAAACCUCAAGGUACUUCAUCUGAUUCGUUGUUUGAAUGUUAGUAACCUCGAGUGGCUUGAGUGUCUUGGUAGGCUCGAAACCCUCGAAGAUCUUUGCGUUAAGAAUUGUAGGGGUAUCGGAGAAGGUGCUCUCAUUAAGCUUGGGCCCACUUGGCGAAACAUAAAGCGUUUGCAGUUUGAGGUUGAUGCAAACUACCGGUACAUGAAGCUUUACGAUCGGUUGGCAGUUGACCGAUGGCAAAAACAGUGGGUCCCGUGUGAAAGUAUCGUCGAGCUUAGCCUGAUCAAUUGCAUCAUCAGCCCCGGAAGAGGGCUUGCUUGUAUACUGGACAAAUGCAAAAACUUGGAGAAAAUUCACUUAGAUAUGUGUAUAGGUGCACGAGACUGCGAUAUCAUCGGGCUCGCGAAAAACUCGAGAAAUCUUCGGUCCAUUUCGAUCCGAGUCCCAUCGGAUUUUUCUCUUCCACUUCUAAUGGAGAACCCACUUCGACUCACGGAUGAGAGUUUAAAAGCAGUGGCUCAAAACUGCACACUCCUCGAAUCUGUGAGCCUAUCCUUCUCCGACGGUGAGUUUCUGUCGCUAUCUUCAUUUUCGCUUGACGGGAUUCUUAGUUUGAUCAAAAUGUGCCCGUUGAAGGAACUCUCUCUUGACCGCGUCUGUUCUUUUAAUAACAUUGGAAUGGAAGCUCUUUGUUCUGCUGACCAUCUCCAAACAUUAGAACUUUCGGGAUGCCAAGAGAUAAGUGACGAAGGACUCGAGCUCUUAGCCCAUUAUCCACGGUUACGAGUUUUGCGACUUAUGAAGUGUCUUGGUGUGACCGAUGACGGGUUCAAACCGUUCAUUGGUUCCGGAAAACUUGAAGUUCUUGUUGUGAAUGAUUGCCCUCAAGUAUCACACACGGGUGUUGAAGGAGCUGCAAGGUUUGUGUCUUUUAAGCGAGAUUUGUCAUGGAUGUAUUGAAUGUCUAGGGGUGUUAUACUGGGAGCAGGUAUUAAACAGUAAUCUAUGAGAAUAAAAAUAAAUUAAACUGUUAGGUUUAUAUAAUAUCUGGGUCCAUUCCCCAAGAAGUCCAUAUUUUCAUUUCAAUUUAAGGUCAUGUUUGUGAUCUGUAAGUUGGCUUCUUUUUCAGCUUAUUGAAAUAUUCUUGUUUGUUUAA